AGCUAUUCCACUAGAUGUCGCACUCAGUCAGGCUUACGUCACAGGCUGGGUAGUUCAUUACUAAAAUAAUUUAAAAAAUAAAGGAAAUAAAUGGCAGGGUGGUGCAGCGGUUAGCACUGUCGCCUCACAGCAAGAAGGUCGUGGGUUCAAACCCUGGUUGCCCCGGCCUUUCUGUGUGAAGUUUGCAUGUUCACCCCGUGUCUGCGUGGGUUCUCUCCGGGUACUCCGGCUUCCUCCCACCAUCCAAAAGACAUGCAGGCUAGGCUAAUUGGUGUCUCCAAAAAAAUUGCCGUGGAGUGGCUUCAGCUUGGAUAACAAGACUUCGAGAUGACGGGAUCUCUUCUGUAUAAGUAACAGAACAUAACCGCGCAUGUAUUUUAUUCGCUGUAAACCAAGAUUGCCUGGGUGUGCCAAGCGGUUGACGGAGUGGAGGCGCGUGGUGGUGUUUACAAUGGCUGUGCUGUUGCUGUUGCUGUAAUGUGUGUGUGAUUUAGUGUGAUGAUGCUCGCUGCUCGGAUGUGGUCCGAAAUGGAAGAUGGUAGUUUUGGGUUCUCAAAGCAUCAACAACACAUUGGCUGUUGACGAUCUCCGACAUUUAUUGAUAACUUUGAGCGGGUCUGAGUUGUGCAUGACGACAGCCCUGUAAAAUUAAUGGCUAUGGAGGAUAGUGCUGUAGAUGUGAGGGAGGAAUGGACUUUGCUCCUCUGGACCACGGUUGCUGUUCUAGUCCCGGUGCUCAUCACACUGUGGUGCAGUUUCCAGCGUCCCAAACGCAAAGUACAGCUCAAAGAUCUGUUUCGUAAGAGCAAACACGGCUGGCACUACACGGACCUGUUCAACAAGCCCACCUACUGCUGCGUGUGCUCUCAGCCCAUCCUGCAGGGGGCAUUCUGUGACUGCUGUGGCAUAUGUGCGGAUGAGCAGUGCAUACAUAGAGCAGAUCGCACCCUGUCAUGUAGGGAGAUCAUGACCCAGAGCCAGCCAGAUGGGGGGUUCUGCCACCGGUGGGUCAGGGGAAAUGUGCCCCUCGCCAGCUACUGUGCCGUCUGCAAACAGCAAUGUGGGACUCAGCCCAAACUCUGUGACUACAGGUGUGUGUGGUGUCAGGCCACAGUGCAUGAUGACUGUCUGUCCAGUCUGAAUGAAGGAGAUGUGUGUGAUCUGGGAGAGUUCUGCUCUGUGAUCAUACCUCCAUACUACCUCUAUCAAGUCAACAAGCUCCGCCGCAGACAUCCUGAAGAGUACAGCAAGCUUGCUGCAAUGUGUGGGAGUGGCUGGACUCCAGUUCUGGUCUUGGCAAACACUCGAAGUGGCAACAACAUGGGGGAGGUUCUUCUGGGAGAGUUUCGUACCCUCCUCAACCCUGUACAGGUAUUUGAUCUCUCUGAACUGCCCCCUUCUAAAGCCCUUCAGCUGUGUACUCUUCUGCCCCCCGGCAGCGUGCGUGUUCUGGUGUGUGGGGGAGAUGGCACUGUGGGGUGGGUUCUGGAUGCCAUCGACACCAUGAGGCUGAAGGGACAAGAUCAGUUUAUCCCUCUUGUGACCAUCCUGCCACUGGGCACAGGCAAUGACUUAUCAAACUCUCUGGGAUGGGGAGCAGGUUAUGCUGGAGAGAUAUCUGUAGAGCAGGUGCUCAGGAACGUUUUAGAGGCUGGGGUGGUCAAGAUGGACAGGUGGAAAGUUCAGGUAGCCUCCAAAGGACACUACUUUCGUAAGCCAAAGGUGUUGUGCAUGAAUAAUUAUUUCUCUGUGGGUCCUGAUGCUCUUAUGGCACUGAACUUCCACACACACAGAGAGAAAACGCCCUCCUUUUUCUCUAGCCGGAUCAUCAACAAGGCAGUGUACUUCCUCUAUGGUACUAAAGAUUGCUUAGUGCAAGAAUGUAAAGAUCUGGAUAAGGUUAUUGAGCUGGAGCUGGAUGGAGAGCGAGUGACUUUGCCCAGUCUGGAGGGGAUAAUUGUGUGCAACAUUGGCUACUGGGGGGGUGGCUGUAGACUGUGGGAGGGAAUGGGAGAUGAGCCCUAUCCUCCAACACGUGUGGAUGAUGGUUUAUUAGAGGUGGUGGGUGUGUAUGGCUCAUUCCACUGUGCACAGAUCCAGGUGAAACUGGCCAAUCCUGUGAGGCUGGGACAGGCACACACAGUUCGGCUGGUGUUGAAGAGCUCCAGGAUGCCAAUGCAGGUAGAUGGAGAGCCAUGGGCACAGGGUCCAUGCACCAUCACCAUUACCCAUAAGACCCAAGCCCUCAUGCUGUACCACAGUGCAGAACACACAGAUGACGACGACUCCAGCACCUCAGAGGCCGAAGAGCCCUCAGCCGAUCACAUUAACACAGAUAGUAACACCCACAAAACAGUAACGGAGUCUCAGUAAGCUGUAAUUUCUCU